AUUUGUGUUAGAAGUGCAUUAAUAAAAGCUAAUGUGCAUAUACACAUUUAUUUUGAAUUAAAUUUAGAACUUGAAGUGUUUAGUGUUGUAUAAGGGAACUUAACACAAAGUGUUAUUUUUAAAUGUUAUAGAGGACAAAAAGUUUACUUAUCAAGUCUUUUUUUAAAAAAAUCUACUUUCUUUCUUACAUGUUUGGCUUCAAAGAUUUUUAUUUGGGCUUCAUUAUUGUGAAUGUAUUAAGUUGGUUGUUAUAAAUUUACUUUUGAAUAGCUUGUAAAGUUACCAAAUUUAAAUAUUUUUUACAGUUUCACUUUACUACUGAUAAUAUGCCUUUAGGAGACUUUUCUAUAUUGAGUUUUUUUAUUAUUCUAUCUUCUUAUUAUAGCAAACUUGUUUUUUAGACUUCUUAGUUAAUUCCAAUGAUGUUUGAUCUAUAUUCAAAUUGGAGGGUGAGACAAACAAAAAACAAAUCACUCUUGCUUAUUUUAAAUUCAAUUUUUGGUCUUACAAUGUGUAUCCUCUAAAGUUUCUCGUACUUCUUAAAUUUAUCAGUCUUCCACAAUAACUCCAUCUGCAUAUGUUAGUUGUCAAAUUUAUUGUCAACAUCAUUGCUUAACACAAUAAUGUGGCAACCCCUGUAGCACAUUAGUGUCACCCCUGUUAGUGACAAUUAAGCUUAUUUUAAGUUCCAUCAUGUGAAUACUGUGUGAUCGUUGGACUAAUAUGCUAAACUAGUAGUCAGACUAUAAAAAGGUCUCUGGGAAUUCAACCAUCAUAUUUCCCACAUUAAAAUUUUGUGCAUCUUUAACACUCUCUAAUCAAUGUUUAGUUUUGAUGCACAAGCAGCCAAAAUUUGUGACGUUGAUUGGCAAUAUACCAAGGCUUGUUUGUAUAACGAUUAAUAAGAAUAUGAAUAUUGCUGUCAAUGCAUAUAAAAGAAUUUUAUUUAAUCCUGCAAGAAUACUGUUUCAACCUGCAAAAUUUAUUUACCAACCUCCUCCUAAUUCUGAUGCGGUACUGGUUCGAGAAGAUGCUGUUUUAAAAUCAAUAGUUUUACAUGACAAAUCUUAUCCAAUAAAACUGGAGCGAUUAGAAGAGAUAGCAAACUCACCAACUGGCUGGGUUCAUCGGAUGGUUCCUCCACCACAGCUAUCUUUUAACAUCAAAAGAAACAAGAGAAACAGAUUUGAUAUAGACAUUCAUCGUAAGCACAGAGGAAGAUUAGUUUAUACUGUCUUACGCAACAUUGAUGGAAAUAUUCAGGAUUUGGAAGGAUGUCUUCGGUGGAGAUUAGGUCCUGGGUAUUAUGUAGUAAAUGGAAGGACGCGUGUUAUAGUUGUAGCUGGAUUUCAUAAACGAGCUAUUUCAACUUUACUUCAAGCCUUAGGCUUUUAGAUAUAAUGUGUACCAUUAAUUUUACUUAAUGUUGCUAUUUGGUUACGUCUGUUUUAUAAUAUAAGUACUCUCAGAUUAUGUUUAAACCUCGUUCCGUUUCUUCAGGUUUGUCUGUAUUCAUCUAUUAUGAUAUACAUGUUUUUUAUAAGAACUAGUAAAUUUCGAUUUCUCGAUGAAUGUUCCUCUUUUUCAGGGUUCUAAUUAGCAGCUCGCAAUUCGCAAUUUGCGAAUCGAAAUAGCAUUUUUGCGAAUCACUUUGCAAAGAAAAAGAUAAAAUUGUGAAUCGAUCGUCUUUUUAAAGUUUAAGAACGAAGAACGGCGAUAGAAAUGCUGCUUUAGAUUGCAUUUUUAAAGUUUAAAAACGAAGAACGGCGAUAGAAAUGCUUUUUUAGAUUCUGUUUCUAAAAUUUAAGAACGAAGAAAGGUGAUAGAAUGCUUUUUUAGAUCACAUUUUUAAAAUUUAAGAACAGAAACCGGCAAUAAAAAUGCUUUUUUAGAUCGCAUUUUAAAAACUUAAGAACGAAGAACGGCGAUAGAAAAAUGGUAAUUGAUCUAAGGUGUUCCCAGGCCACAUCUAGAUGGUGGAUUACUUCGUUACAGAGUGCUGAAGUUUUUAUGAACUGACUUUAUUUUUCUAAUUCGAACCUUGAACAUUUUCAACAUGAGCAAGGAAAUUCUUUGUUUUUUUAAAUUUUGUUUUCUUUAUCUAUAAUGAUGCAGUUCAUGUACAAUCUCGGACAAAAAUAUUAAGACAAAGGCAGUUUUUUCCUGAUUUCAGCUAAAAAAAGGUUAUGUUGUGUUUAUUUGCCUUUAUUUUUUUCUGGGAAGCAAUAACGCAUUGAUAGUAAUUUUAGGAGAUUUACUAGGCACUAAUAAGAAAAUUAAUGCAAAUGCCCGUAGCAACUUAUAAAAAAUAUUUAUUGUGAUUUAGGACAUAUGUUAAUUUAAUAAGAAAUGGUUCAUUGAAAACCAGUUUUGCUGCCCUGCAGGCUUCCUUAUAUGUGAAUGAUCCGUAGGCGGAUGAUACUAAUUUUUUUCUUUGUCAGUCACACCAGGAGAACAAAGCUUGCGUUUGUGUGUUAGCUUUGCAGUUGCUAGGAAACUAUAUUUUUAAACUGUAAUUACAGGUUUUAUAUUACGUAGUAGCUUUUUUAAUAUCCUGGAUAUCUAUGUUACACUUUAACAAUUUAAAUAAAGUAAAUAAAAUUUUGUUUAGUUAACAUACAAAAUGGUGCGCAAACUCAAAUAUCAUGAACAAAAGUUACUGAAGAAAGUUGAUUUCAUCGACUGGAAAAGUGACAGUGUGUUAAGAGAAAACAAAAUUCUUCGAAAAUACCACAUACAAAAGAGAGAAGACUAUACAAAAUAUAACAAACUUUGUGGAUCUAUCCAUCAACUUUCAACAAAAAUUAGAGAGUUGAAUCCCAAAGAUCCUGUCAGAAUCGAAUCUACAUACAAACUUUUGCAAAAGCUUUACAAUUUGGGUUUGAUCACAGAUUCAAAAGAUUUCUCCUUGGUAAACAAAGUAACUGCAUCUGCAUUUUGCAGGAGAAGACUUCCAGUUGUUAUGGUGAGAUUAAAAAUGGCAGAACAAAUCAAGAAUGCUGUUAAGUAUAUUGAGCAAGGUCAUGUUCGCGUAGGUCCUGAAGUUAUUCAGGAUCCUGCCUUCUUGGUUGUAAGAAAUAUGGAGGAUUAUGUAACUUGGGUAGAUAGCUCAAAGAUUAAGCAGCAUAUAUUGGAAUAUAACGAUAUGAGGGAUGACUUCGAUACUUUGUAAACAUUGCUAUCAAAUAAUUACAUUUUUACUUGAAUAA